AUGGCAUCGGCACCUCCAUCGGUAACCAUCCCUCAGGGGCAUGUGGUUGGGAUUCGAUUGGAAGAAUCAUCCCCGCAGCCUGUCGAGGGAUUCCUAGGAGUUCCGUAUGCUCUGCCACCCACCGGGGAUCGGCGAUUCCGACCACCUGCCAAGAUUCCAAAUUCGACGAAAACAAUCGACGCCUCUAAAUUCGGGCCUGCUGCUCCAGGGAAAGCAUUGCUGGCAGGCGGCCCAAAGCUCGAGCAAAGCGAAGACUGCCUGACUGCCAAUGUCUUUCGACCUGCUGGUACCAAAGCAUCUGGAAAACUCCCCGUCGCGAUCUAUGUGCAUGGAGGAGCAUUCAACCGAGGCGCUGCGGCGACACAUAACACGGCCUCCAUGGUUGCUUGGUCCGAAGAACCCUUCAUUGGUGUGAGCUUCGGGUAUCGAGUCGGGGCUUUGGGGUUCUUGCCAUCUACCCUUUCAAAGACCGAAGGUCUACUCAAUCUUGGUCUGCGAGAUCAGAUUCAGCUUUUCGAAUGGGUGCAAGAGAACAUAGGUGCAUUUGGCGGGGAUGUCGACAAUGUCACGCUGUUUGGUUUGUCUGCUGGUGCACAUUCAAUUGGCCAUCAUAUCCUGAACAUUAACCAGCGAACCCCUGGUCUGUUCCAUCGCGCGAUUCUGGAGUCCGGCUCGUCAACAUCUCGUGCAGUGCGACCAUAUGACGCAAAGAUCCACGAGGCGCAGUUCCGAGACUUUUUAAAAGAGACCGGAGUUCCCCACGACCUCCCGGAAGUAGAGAUAUUCCCGUUUCUUCGAUCGCUCCCAAGUUCAGUCGUAACGGAUGCCCAGACGAAAGUAUUUGACAAAUACAACCCGUCCCUUCGUUGGGCCUUUCAACCUGUCAUUGAUGGGGAUAUCAUAGCCCGGAAGCCACUUGAUGCCUGGAAGUCGCAGAACUGGAACAAGGUGCCUAUCAUGACAGGAUUCAACAGCAACGAGGGCACUAUGUAUGUUGACAAGGCAAUGUCUACCGGUACUCAAUUCCGAGCUUUCUGGAAAGAACUCCUGCCUGAAUUAUCACCCUCGGAUCUCGAUAAGAUUGACGAGCUGUACCCCGACCCGAGCACCGCCCCCUCAUCCCCUUAUGUCGAGACUAGAGAUGGAUAUGGGCUUGGGCCGCAAUACAAACGCAUUGAAGCAGCGUAUGGCCAUUACGCGUAUGUCGCGCCAGUCCGCCAAACUGCCGACUUUGCCUCCACACAGGGUGUCCCUGUCUAUCUCUAUAACUGGGCAUUCCCGAGAACCGUUAUCGGAAGGGCAAACCACGGUGACAACAUGUACUAUGAGACCUACAACAGUGAGAUCACGGGGAUAUCGGAUACUCAGAAAGAACUUUCCGGCACGCUUCAUGCAUAUAUGACAAGCUUCAUCACCAAAGGCGACCCUAACGCCAUUACUGGCCGUUAUGGGAGCAGGCCCAAAUGGGAGCCUUACUCGCCCGAUGAUCCCCGCAUCUUAAUCUUCGGAGAAGGGAACGAAGAACUCAUUGGUGGCACUGCUGCGAACUCGGAUGCAGCGAAAUUCGUCAAGGAUGAGUGGGCAACGGAGCAGACAGCCUUUUGGUGGUCGAAAGUGCCCAUCUCGCAGCUUGCUUGA